AUGCCAACUGAUAACACUACAUGCAAUAUAAGAACGAAAAUAAAAAAUAGAAAAGUAUUUUCUGCUACUAAUGAAAAUAUUACAACUUCCAAAGAGUGUAUAAUGAAUGAAAUGGAUUUCCAAAAUCUUGGAAGAUGUGAUAAAAUUAAAAAAAGUUAUGAUAUUAAUUAUUUAAAGAGAAAUUAUGUUCAAAAAAAAAGACACGAGCCAUUAGUGUAUCCAAAUGUUGUUGAAAUAUCAAACAUGGAAAGUCAUAAUUUAGAUAACUGUAUUUUGAAUAAAACUAGUGACAAAAAAGUUAGACAUAUUGAAAUAUCUCAAGAAAAAAGAAGGUCACAUAGUUUUAUGAAAAAUACUCCACCUGCAACACCUUCUGAUUGUUGUCACAGUGAUGAUUGGUCAACUUUUGAUCCAGCUAAAGUUAGAACUAUUUCAGAAACAAAAGCUAAUAAUAUUCUAACUGAUUCAUUAUUUUUAAGUUCUCCAGAAAAAAAAACAAGUAAUAUAAACUGUUCACAACAUGUUGAAAAUGAAGAAGUUUUUUUAGAAUCAAGUAAUACAUUUGAUUCAGUUAAAAAUGAAAAUUUUUGCGUUGAUGAUAUUUCAAAGAUGAAUAAGAAAGUUACUUUUAUGAAAAAAUUUUUUUCUAUAUUUGAUUUUAAACGUGAUACAGUUAAAAUAUCAAAUGAUAAUUUUUCAAAUUUAAAAAGUAACAAGAAUUGUAAGAAUUUAGUAACAUUAAACACUGAUGGUCAAAGUUGCACUCUAAAAAAUAUAACAUUUUCAAAUCAACUUAAUAAUGACAAUAUUAUAUAUGAGAAGUUUGGUUCUAUAUCACUAGAAUUAGAUGUUGAAAAGGAAAAUUAUUUUCAUAAAAUAUCUAAUAGAAAAUGUUUUGAUAAAAUUUCUAAUUCUAGUUCUUCAAACAAAUUUAUAACACAAAAACUUACAUCAUAUCAAAAAAAAGUUGUCGAUAAUAAUUGUGCUCCAAAAUUUUCACCUGCUUUAAGAUAUUUACCUAAUAUUCCUUAUGGAAAAAUGUUAGCAAUAUAUAAAGGUGAAACAUUAAGUACUCUUAGUGUUGCAGGUACAAUUGUUUUACAUUCAACUUCCAAAACAAUGUUUGAUUUUAAACCUUUAGCACAUUCUACACCAUUUCAAACACCUAAGCAAUCAUUAGGAAAAAUAAAAAAUAGUAAUAAAAAUAGAGGUACAAUUUUACCUUAUAGUGAAAAAGGUAGAAUUUUUGAAAAUCCAAUAUAUUCUAAAGAAAAAAUAUCAUUUUAUUCUAAUACCUCAAAUGUACCUUCGUUAACAGCUCCAAGUUAUCUUACACAUAUACCUGAAGAAAUGUAUGUAAGAAAAUUAAAUACAUUGAAACAUUCUAUUAAAAAAAUAAAGAAAAUUUUAUGUACAUCAGAACAAAUUAUUCAUGAAUGUUCAAAAAAAUUUAAUUUUAAUGGUUCGGAAAUAGAAUUAUCUGCAAAAAGGAUCAAAUUAAUUGGUACUAAUAGAAUAAAAUCGUUAAAAGAUGAAUAUGAAAAAACUAAAAUAUUAAUGAAUAUUUGUGGUAUAAUUCCACGUAUCAAUUCAAAUAUUUUGGCUAUGUAUACAAUUACUGACAUAAAAUUAGAACUUAAUAGAUUAUUUUGUUUUAAAAAAACACAAGAAAAUAUAUCUUAUGUUUUUUGUAUUAUUUUAAAAUCAGCUAAUAAUGUUGUUGGCACUCAAAUAAAGACAGUUGAAGAUGUUGGAAGUGUUCGUUUAAAGCAAAUCAAAUUUUCAGAUGUUAUUAAAUUUUCAAAAUUGCCAAUAAAUUUUAUUAUUUCUUUGGAAAUUUAUGCUUUGAAAAUAGGAGAACUUGAUCGUACAAAAUUAUCUCGUUUUAAACGAAGUUUAAAAGAUUUGGCUAUUUCUGUCUUUAAACCAUCUUACAAGAAAUCAUCUUUAAUAUCAGUCAAUGAGAAUACUACAACUAAUCCUAAUGAUUCACUUCAUCCAAAAAAUCAAAUUAGCUAUGAUGAUUUUAUACAAUGUGGAAUAUUAAAAUUAAAUAGAGAUACAAUAGGAAAUCAAAAAUUUUAUUUUGAAGAGGCAAAAUUUCCACUAGAAGGAACUAUAUGUGUAAACACUGAAUGUUCACCAUUACCACAACACGUAGAAAUGGCAUAUUCAGGAUUUUUAAGUAUUUACAAUGGUGAUGAUUUAAAAAGUUAUUCAAUUAAAAUGUGGACAAUUGUGAAAAGAUCAUUAAUGAAAUUUUGGAAAAGUUGUGAUGAUGAAUAUGAUGGUCAGUUACCUUUAUUUAUCAUGGAUAUGUCUAAAAUAACUUCUCCACAAUUAGAGAGAAUAACUACAUCUGAAGUUGGUUAUAAAGAAAAUUCAUUUUAUAUUGAUAUUUUAUGCGAAUCCAAAACAUCAAAUUGUAUAUAUCAACACAAAAGAGUUUAUUUUUCAUCAGAAUGUUCAACUGAUUGUGAUAAUUGGCUUCAAUAUCUUAAUGGAAUAUUAAAAACAAUCAGACAUGAACCUGAUAAUGCUUUUUAA